AAGAAGCUUUGGAGAUUGACUCAAACAAACACAUGUGACCUUGUGACCUUCACAGUGUUUACUGAGAAAGUACCGGUAACCCCUUCAUUUGUUUCUUCUUCUCUUUGCCAUCUUCUUCUUCAAUAUCAAUCAAUCCAUGGCUUCUCCGAGUAAGAGCCCACUUAAAGAACCAGGAGAUCGUCAGUCAGCGGCAAUCGUAGUCCAACCGUCGUCCCCGCGUUACCCUCCGAGUGGGACCCCCACCUCUGGGGCCCAGCGCCGAAUCGGGAUCGCCGUCGAUCUCAGCGACGAGAGCGCCUUCGCCGUCAAAUGGGCCGUCCAGAAUUACCUCCGCCCCGGCGAUGCCGUCAUCCUCCUCCACGUCCGCCCCACCAGCGUCCUCUACGGCGCUGACUGGGGCGCCACCGAUGUCUCCAUCCCUGAAGACCAAGAGUCUCAGCAGAAGCUCGAGGACGAUUUCGACAAUUUCACCGUCACCAAGGCCAACGACCUCGCCAAGCCUCUGGAAGAGGCUAAGACUCCGUACAAGAUCCACAUAGUGAAGGACCACGACAUGAAGGAGAGGUUGUGCUUGGAGGUCGAGAGGCUCGGCCUCAGCGCCGUCGUUAUGGGCAGCCGGGGCUUCGGCGCUUCGAAGACGACCUCCAAGGCCAGGCUCGGCAGUGUCAGUGACUACUGUGUGCAUCACUGCGUCUGUCCUGUCAUCGUCGUAAGGUUCUCCGAUGAAAAGGACGAAAACGACGUCGCAAAGCAAGGUAAAUUUGGCUGUCCGGUCGUGCGUGAGGAAGAGCCGGAGUUCCAUGACGCUUUGGAGAAAGAUUCAGACAAGGCACGUUGAACAGAUGGAGAUGGUGAAGAGUUUUCAGAUGAUGUUUAUCAAAUACUCCUGGUUCGUAUGUAAUCAUGUUGUAUGAAAAAGUGUGGCGGUAGUAGUACUGAGUUAGUCUCAGUCUUUUCCUUUUGGUUUGUGGCAUUACUGACUAAAUGUCCGAAUCUGCUCAUCUUUUGUUUUAACCACCUUUUCACUGCCUUGCAUGUUUAUGGAGCUCCGGGAUGAUGAAUAAUGCAUGAUUUCUAUCUUAUUCUUCCUUUUUAG